AUGGCUGAAAACCUCACGCCGGAACAGCAAAAGGAGCUUGUCGGCCGCUACCAGGGCCUGCGCCAGGAGGGCGACGCCCUCUACACUAAGCUGGGCCAGGUCGACGGCGACCGCAACGAGCACGAACUGGUUCUCAAGCAGCUCAGCGGCCUCGACGGCAACAGGAGAUGCUGGCAGCAGAUCGGGCCCGUCCUCGCCGAGAAGAAGGUCGCUGAUGUGCUCCCCGUGCUCACCAUGAAUCGCGAUCGCUUCACAGAUACAGUCAAACAACUCUCCGAGACAAUAAAAGAAAAGGACAAGGAAAUCACAGAGAUGCAAACCAAAUACGGGAUUCGCGAGGUCCAGAAGUGAGACGUGUUGUCUCCUCUUUAGAAACACCUUCGAAUUUUCGCAUUCUGCCCAUCGCAACAACGGGAUUGCGUUUUCAUAUUUGGGGCACUUCGCUUGCUGCGUAGAGUUGUUCAUACCUCUACUUCUUCAUCGACGAUCAGCAAAAUUCGCUGUCGAUCGAUAUCAUCACUUUCUGGAAGGCGUCGUGUUUGUAUACGAGUUGCGACACCUGCUACUUUGCAGAGCGCCACUGUACUCGUCUUUGAUGAAUUUCCGGAUCCUGCCUGUCCUAUUGAGCUAGUAAACGUUCAACAUCAAAACUCA